CGCCGUGAGCAGCGGCGUGUCGGAAGUUCUGUCUUUGUGGAUGAGGCUUUUCCGUCAUUCGUUCCCUGUGGCUGUGCGUUCAAUUUAGGAAGACGGCGGGAACUCUUCCUCAUCCACGCGCCUCCCUAGACUGCCGGGAUGUCUGCGAUUCCUGCAGAAGAGAGCGACCAGCUGCUGAUCCGACCACUUGGUGCUGGGCAAGAAGUAGGAAGAUCAUGUAUUAUUCUGGAAUUCAAAGGAAGAAAAAUAAUGCUGGACUGUGGGAUCCACCCUGGCCUAGAAGGAAUGGAUGCUCUUCCUUAUAUCGAUUUGAUUGACCCAGCUGAGAUUGACCUUCUCUUAAUUAGUCAUUUCCAUUUGGAUCACUGUGGAGCUUUGCCCUGGUUUCUCCAGAAGACAAGUUUCAAAGGAAGAACAUUCAUGACUCAUGCCACAAAAGCGAUUUAUAGAUGGCUUCUUUCAGACUAUGUCAAAGUUAGUAACAUAUCAGCAGAUGACAUGCUAUACACUGAGACAGAUCUUGAAGAAAGCAUGGACAAGAUUGAAACGAUCAACUUCCAUGAAGUUAAGGAAGUUGCAGGAAUCAAAUUUUGGUGUUACCAUGCAGGCCACGUCCUGGGAGCCGCCAUGUUUAUGAUUGAGAUUGCGGGUGUGAAGCUUUUGUAUACAGGUGAUUUCUCAAGGCAAGAAGAUAGACACCUCAUGGCAGCUGAAAUUCCUAAUAUCAAGCCAGACAUUCUUAUCAUUGAAUCUACUUAUGGGACCCAUAUCCAUGAGAAACGUGAAGAGCGAGAAGCAAGAUUCUGUAACACUGUGCAUGACAUUGUCAACAGAGGGGGCAGAGGACUCAUUCCUGUCUUUGCUCUUGGAAGAGCUCAGGAGCUGCUUUUGAUUCUAGAUGAAUACUGGCAGAACCACCCGGAGCUGCAUGACAUUCCAAUCUACUAUGCUUCGUCCUUGGCCAAGAAGUGCAUGGCUGUAUACCAGACGUAUGUGAAUGCUAUGAAUGACAAAAUAAGAAAGCAGAUCAACAUCAACAAUCCCUUUGUUUUCAAACACAUCAGUAACCUCAAGAGCAUGGACCAUUUUGAUGACAUUGGCCCCAGUGUGGUAAUGGCCUCACCAGGCAUGAUACAAAAUGGCCUAUCUAGAGAGUUGUUUGAAAGCUGGUGUACUGAUAAGAGGAAUGGCGUCAUCAUAGCAGGGUACUGUGUGGAAGGGACACUUGCCAAGCAUAUCAUGUCCGAACCUGAAGAAAUCACUACCAUGUCUGGACAGAAGUUACCACUGAAAAUGUCUGUUGAUUACAUUUCUUUCUCUGCUCACACAGAUUACCAACAAACCAGUGAAUUUAUCCGUGCUUUGAAACCGCCUCACGUGAUUUUAGUACAUGGAGAACAGAAUGAAAUGGCCAGAUUGAAAGCUGCACUGAUUAGAGAAUAUGAAGAUAAUGAUGAAGUUCACAUAGAAGUUCACAAUCCUCGGAAUACAGAAGCAGUGACUCUGAACUUCAGAGGAGAAAAGCUGGCCAAGGUCAUGGGCUUUUUAGCAGAUAAGAAACCAGAACAAGGCCAGCGGGUUUCUGGAAUACUUGUUAAAAGAAACUUUAAUUAUCACAUACUUUCUCCUUGUGACCUAUCCAAUUAUACUGACUUGGCCAUGAGCACUGUGAAACAGACCCAAGCCAUUCCAUAUACUGGGCCUUUUAAUUUGCUCUAUUACCAGCUACAGAAGUUGACAGGUGAUGUAGAAGAAUUAGAAAUUCAAGAAAAACCUGCUCUGAAAGUAUUCAGAAAUAUUACUGUAAUACAAGAACCAGGCAUGGUGGUACUAGAGUGGCUGGCAAACCCUUCUAACGACAUGUAUGCAGACACAGUGACAACCGUGAUACUAGAAGUUCAGUCAAAUCCAAAAAUAAGGAAAGGCGCAGUACAGAAGGUUUCUAAAAAAUUAGAAAUGCAUGUUUACAGCAAGCGAUUGGAGGUCAUGCUCCAGGACAUAUUUGGAGAAGACUGUGUAAAUGUGAAAGAUGACUCUGUCCUGAGUGUCACAGUGGACGGGAAAACAGCUAAUAUCAAUUUGGAGACACGGAUGGUAGAAUGUGAAGAAGGAAGUGAAGAUGAUGAGUCCCUCAGAGAAAUGGUGGAACUAGCCGCACAGAGACUGUAUGAGGCCCUUACACCAGUUCACUGAUGACCUCCUCUGUAUGUGUUAAUGUUUUACAUACUUGGCUCUAUUUCUGUUACUUUAAAUAAAAUACCUUAGUUUCUCUGGGAUAGCCUGUUUA